CGAUUUCGUGUGCGGUUCAGAAAACUUUGAAUUCAUGUUUCAGUUUUGUGCAAUAUCAUUUUUUGUGUGUUUUUAAAUGUUUGAUUCACGCUUAAUACAAUACUUUUAAGGGUAAAUGAAUCUCAUACCGCCCCGUUCUGCAGGCUUCAGCCGGUAGGGGGCGGAGCGACACGUCACGGGUAGAGAAUCAGUUUAUCGGAAAGUGAAAGAGCUUCUCUCUCAGACUCGACUCCAUUGUGUCUCUGUUGGAAAAGCAGAAAAACCUCAACACCAGGCAGAAACGGUGAUAUUAAUGUCACACAACAUGGACUGCUGAAUAAAAGAGUGUCAGUAAUUCCAGCAGAAGAGAUCAGCAUCUUCAGGACUCAGCUGUGUGUCCAUGAGCUGUCUGUGUUUACACUAAUAUUCAAACAUGGAGACCCCUGACCUGGACACAGAUAAUGUGACCCCGCCCAUAAAAAAACGUAAACUGCAGAGAAAGAGACCAGACUCACCAGAACCCAGCUGUGUCUCCAUGAAGAGUGAUAAGUCUAUGGAUCCUCUGUGGAACUUUAGAAAUAGAGACUCCUCAUCUGUACACAGUAAACUACAGAGAAAGAGAUCAGACUCCCCAGAACCCAGCUGUGUCUCCAUGAAGAGUGAUGUGUCUAUGGAUCCUCUGUGGAACUUUAGAAAUGAAGACUCCUCAUCUGUACACAGUGUUCUACAGAAGUCAGGAGACAGAAGAGAAAAGAACAUCAUCACAGCUACAGGACACGAUGCAGAACCUGCUGCUGUAAAUGAAUUCCAGAAAAAGUUCAAAUUAAAUAUGAGGGAGAAGUUUCAGUGUUUAAAUGGAGUGAUGAUAAACCUGGAAAACCGAAGACUCCUGAAUGAGAUCUACACAGAGCUCUACAUCACAGAGGGAGACAGUGGAGACGUCAAUAAAGAACAUGAAGUGAGACAGAUCGAGGCAGCAUCCAGGAGAACAACAACAGAGGAAACACCAAUCAAAUGCAAUGACAUCUUUAAGCCUUUAUCUGAUCACGACGAACCCAUCAGAACUGUGCUGACAAAGGGAGUCGCUGGCAUCGGAAAAACAGUUUCUGUGCAGAAGUUCAUUCUGGACUGGGCUGAAGGGAAAGCAAAUCAGGACGUCCAGCUCAUGUUUCCACUACCUUUCAGAGAGCUGAAUUUGAUGAAGGACCAGAAACUGAGUCUGAUGGAUCUCCUUCAUGUCUGUUUUAAGGAGAUAAAAGAAACAGAAAUGUCCAGUUUGGAAAAGGUUCUGUUCAUUUUUGACGGAUUGGACGAGUGUCGUUUUCCUCUGGAUUUCCAGAACACAGAGAGAGUGUGUGAUGUAACUGAAUCAGCAUCAGUGCAUGUGCUGCUGAUAAACCUGAUCAAAGGGAAUCUGCUUCCCUCUGCUCUCAUCUGGAUCACCUCCCGACCAGCAGCAGCUGAUCAAAUCCCCUCUGAGUGUGUCCAUCGAGUCACAGAGGUACGAGGGUUCAGUGACCCACAGAAGGAGGAGUACUUCAGGAAGAGGAUCAGUGAUCAGAGCCUGGCCAAUAACAUCAUCACACACCUGAAGUCAUUAAGAAGCCUCUACAUCAUGUGCCACAUCCCAGUCUUCUGCUGGAUUUCAGCCACUGUUCUAGAGAGAAUGUUGGGUGAAGCAGAGAGUGGAGAGAUGCCCAAGACUCUGACUCAAAUGUACACACACUUCCUCAUCAUUCAGACAAACAUCAUAAGAGAAAAGUACUCAAAGAAGCAGGAGAGUGAUGAAGAAAUGCUUCUCAAACUGGGACGACUGGCUUUUCAGCAGCUGAAGAAAGGCAACCUGAUCUUCUAUGAGGAAGACCUGAGAGAGUGUGGCAUUGAUGUGAGAGAAGCAGCAGUGUACUCAGGUGUGUGUACGCAGAUCUUCAGAGAAGAGUUUGGACUUCACCAGAGUAAAGUGUACAGCUUUGUUCAUCUGAGCAUUCAGGAGCAUCUCGCAGCUCUGUAUGUGCACCUGACAUUCAUGAAGGAAAAGAGAAAUGUUCUUGAACAGAGUCGGGACUUUAAGACAAUUUCAGAUGUCCACAAGAGUGCUGUAGAUCAGGCCUUAAAGAGUGAGACUGGACAUCUGGAUCUUUUCCUCCGUUUUCUUCUGGGUCUCUCACUGGAGUCCAAUCAGAACCUCUUACAUUCCUUAGUAACACAUACAGGAAGUAUCUCCCAGACAGGAAAGGGGGACACAGUACAGUACAUCAAGGAGAAGAUCAGUGGAGAUACCCCUACAGAGAAAUCCAUCAAUCUGUUCCACUGUCUGAAUGAACUGGGGGACAAUUCUCUAGUGGAGGAAAUCCAACGCUACCUGAAAUCUGGAACACAAAGUGAACUCUCUUCUUCACAGUGGUCUGCUCUGGUGUUUAUCUUACUGACAUCAGCAGAGGAGCUGGAGGAAUUUGACCUGAGUAAAUAUAUCUCUACAGAUAAAAUAAGAGAGGAGAUUCUUGAGAAGGUGAUGCCUGUGAUUGCAGCAUCCAGAAAAGCAAUUAUCAGGUGUGAUACAAUUCAAAACAGUGGUUGGUCAGCUCUGGCCUCAGUACUCAGCUCAGAAACCUCCAAUCUGAGAGACCUGCAUCUGACUGUGGAUACACUGAAUCUGAGUGGGAGUGAUCUAGGAGCCUCAGGAGUGAAGCGUCUCUCUGCUCUACUGGAGAAUCCUCAGUGUAAAGUAAAAAAUCUGAGGUUGAGUAAUUGUGGUGUCUCAGUUGAAGGCUGUGCUGCUCUGACUUCAGCUCUGAGAUCAAACCCCUCACACCUGAGAGAACUGAAUCUGACUAAGAAUGAUCUAGGAGUCUCAGGAGUGAAGAGUCUCUCUGCUGUACUGGAGAAUCCUCACUGUAAACUGGAGAAACUGAGGUUGCAUUAUUGUGGUGUCUCAGAUGAAGGCUGUGCUGCUCUGACUUCAGCUCUGAGAUCAAACCCCUCACACCUGAGAGAACUGGAUCUGUCCUGGAAUAAACUAGGAGACUCAGGAGUGAAGUGUCUCUCUGCUGUACUGGAGAAUCCUCUCUGUAAACUGGAGAUACUGUGGUUGCGGAGGUGUGGUGUCUCAGAUGAAGGCUGUGCUGCUCUGACUUCAGCUCUGAGAUCAAACCCCUCACACCUGAGAGAACUGAAUCUGUCUAGGAAUAAACUAGGAGACUCAGGAGUGAAGUGUCUCUCUGCUGUACUGGAGAAUCCUCACUGUAAACUGGAGAUACUGAAGUAAGAUCAUCUCUCUGAGAGUCACAUGACCUGCUCCUCAGUAAGACACAUUCUCUAAUAGUGAGACUGAAGCAGAGGUUUUAGGUUCAUCAUCAAUGUCCUGAGGAGGAAGAUUGUUUCUUUUCACUGCACACUGAUGAUCUGUCACAGAGUCUUUGGGUCAGAUGUACGUCUGUGAGAAGCUGCAGCACAAAACGUGACUUGAUGCGACUGC